AUGCACGCACACAGUAUUAUUCUUGUUACAUCAGGAUAUGACAAAACAAUUAGAUUCUGGGAGGCAUUGAGUGGUAUUUGCUUAAAGACAAUCCAACAUGCAGAUUCACAGGUCAAUCGUCUAUGUAUUUCUCCUGAUAAACGACUUCUUGCAGCAGCAGGAAAUCGUCAUAUACGUCUGUAUGAUAUUCAGACAAUAGCACCGAAUCCUAUUUUGACUUUGGAUGGACAUGCAACAAACGUUACAGGUGUAGCAUUUCAUGGAGAAGGUAAAUGGGUGGUUACAAGUGGAGAAGAUGGAUCAGUAAAGCUUUGGGAUCCACGAACAACAUCAGUUCAAAGGCAUUUUAAACAUGGAGCAGCAGUAAAUGAUGUUGUGGUGCAUCCGAAUCAAGGGGAUUUAAUUAGCUGUGAUCAAACAGGAUGUGUUAAAUUAUGGGAUUUAAAGGAAAAUUUAUGUACAGGAAUGUGGGCAAAUGAAGAUGAAAUAGCGAUUCAUACGAUCUCAGUGGCAAGUGAUGGGUCUAUGUUGGUGGCGGGAAAUAAUGAGGGAACAUGUUUUGUAUGGCAUACAGAAUCAAAUGAUCUUCAAUUGCAAGAGCCGGAUCAUAAGUUUCAAGCACACAAACGUUAUAUUACACGCUGUCUUCUUUCACCGGAUGCAAAUCAUUUAGCAACAUGUUCAGCAGAUGCAACGAUUAAAUUAUGGAGUACAGAAAAGCUUGAAUUCUCUAUUGAACGACAACUUGUAGGACAUCAACGCUGGGUCUGGGAUUGCGCAUUUUCAGCAGAUUCAGCUUAUCUUGUUAGUGCAUCAUCUGAUCAUGUAGCACGUCUCUGGGAAUUAAGUUCGGGUGAAACAAUUCGUCAAUAUAAUGGUCAUCAUAAGGCAGCUGUUUGUGUUGCACUUAAUGAUAGACAUUUGUCUUAA